UUACGGUUCCAAACUCUCGACUUUGGCCAGUUGUCUGUGUCCUCCAACCAUGGGUACCGCGGUUUAGGGGGGCGCCGCAUACGCACAGACCCGGAGGGGCGCCAUCAAAAGACAAUAUCACAUCAAGAGGAAGAAAUCCCUGAUUUCAGCUUGGAGGGGGGACUGCGGCGUUGUGACCACUUGCUUGAGGGAAACAUCUGUAAUAUUUGUGAAAAGGAUUAUCACUUUUCCACCAUAAUUUAAUAAUAACCACUUUUCUCACAUUUCUCCUCCGCACGGAUUUGGAUUAUUUAAGAAAAAAACAACUUUUUGAGACAUUUCGUCAACCCAGUGAAAGUUUUUGGAUUAUCCUCUAAGGUCGACUUUGUCCUCUACCAUCUCAGGGAUAUACCUGCUUAUCCCCUCCACUUGGAACAACUUAGAUGAGCUCAACGCACUAAUAACUAAUCAAACGACCAGGCCUGGACUGACCACUGACCAAUCCAACAACACUGAGUCCAUCGUCUUCUGAACUCCCUUGGGUUUGUCUCCAUAAAUGCAGUUGGCCACCUCUGGAUAGCCUCAGUUUUGACCAGAAUAGACUUGCUCUGCUCCAUCCAGCUCCCUCUCUCUUUCUUUUUUCUCUUUUCUCUGUGCUGGCCUGUGCAUAAUAGUGAGCCAUGCUGCUGAAAAUUACGUUCACCCAGCAGAGGCGGGUUCGUCUGGCCCAGGGCCUGUGGCUGAUGUCCUGGCUGGCAGUGAUGAGUGGGGCCUUCAUCUUUUGUCUUGGUGUUUACCUUAAGACAGAGCUGCUUCGUAGGGCCGAGGUGAUGGACAACACAGAGAUCCAUGUGGUGCCCAACAUCCUGAUGAUGGUGGGCCUGGUCUCCAUUGGCACCAACUGGGUUGCCACUCGUGUGUGUCAGGACUCCCUGGAUGCGAGCCGGUUCCCCCGUUGGAAGUUGCUCCUGAUGGCCUGGUUUACUGUAGCUGUGCUACUCUGUUGUCUCCUUCUUGCUGUGGUGGUGCUCAGCUAUGCCCUGCAGGGACGUCUGGAGGAGUCCCUGAAGGUGGGACUGAGGAAUGGGAUCCGCUUCUACAAGGACACAGACGUGCCCGGCCGCUGUUUUCAAAAGGAGACCAUUGAUCGUCUGCAGAUGGAGUUCCGCUGCUGUGGAAACAACAACUUCAAGGACUGGUUUGAGGUUCAGUGGGUCAGCAAUAGAUAUCUGGACUUCACCUCCAAGGACGUCAAGGAUCGUAUCAGGAGUAACGUGGAUGGCCGUUACCUGCUGGAUGGCGUUCCUUUCAGCUGCUGUAACCCGGCCUCCCCACGCCCCUGCCUGCAGUACCACCUGACAGAUAACAGCGCUCACUACAGCUAUGACUACCAAGCAGAGGAGCUCAACCUGUACAGCCGCGGCUGUAGGCAGGCUCUGACCGACUACUAUAUGGAGAUGAUGAAUUCAACUGGCCCUGGUGUGCUGUCAGUCAUCCUAAUACAGAUGUCAGUGCUGGUGAGCCUGAGGUACUUGCAGACGGCUGUGGAGGGAGCCACGGCUCUGGAGGACCCCGAGGGUGAAAGUGUGGGUUAUCUCCUGGAGAAGGGUGUGAAGGAGACCUUUGAGGAUGUUAAAGCGAAUGUCCUCAACAUCUUGAAGUUUGCGCAGGUUGACCCCUCGGCCGCCGAAGGAUCCCCCGGGGCUGAAGACGCAGAGAAGCCAGCUGAUAACACCACGGAGAAGGCUGCCUCCCCUACUCCCUCCCCUGCCAGCUAAAGGGAGAAAUGUUUUUAAAAACACAAGCUCAGGAGGAAGAGAUGCAAGGGGGGAGGAUGUGUCAGUGCUUUUUUUUUUUGUUUUGGUUGUGUGAGUUGGGUGGUGGCAAGUAGGGCACCAUUUGGGUUUUGACACAUUAGGCUUGAUUUAUGUACCACCAAAAGCAGCAGCUGCAGCUCCCUCGCACAUGGCCAAAACAGGGCAACACACAGGGAAUCUUAUCAAGCCCUGCACAGACACCAAAACAAACAUCUCCUCUGUGCAGGACAUCAUGCAUGUGUCACCGUCUACGAAUCUGUUCAGGAGAUGUGUAGUACAUCUUGUUGUUUCUAGAAAAGUCAGUUUAAACAGGUUUAGCUUAAACACGAAAACAUAUUUAACAAUUUUUAACAAUUUUUGGGCUCAGAUUCACAAGUUCAUCCCGUGUGCACUGUAACAUUCAUCCCACAGCUGUAGUUUGUACUAAUCUGCAAUGAAAUGCUUAGGAACCUGUUAAACUGGCAAUGCACAUGAAUUAUAUAUUAAAAGUAGAAGUUUUUAACUGCUUUGUAGUGUCGGCUUCCUUUUGUACAUGUCCUAAAACAGAGGCACGUUUGAAUAUGACAAUGGUUAUCUGAGUUCAGCAAGGAGAGUUGGAUUAAGUGUGCGUGUUUGCGUGCAUAUGUGUGUGCGGUGCCCUAUAUGAAGCUGUCAUCGUGUCUGUUCUGGCAGCUCUGAAACAAUCUGAUAAUCCUGGUGCAGUUAAUCCCAGAACUGCUGCACAAGCAGUGUCAGCACACCCUGACAGCACACAGGAACACACUCUGGCAUAAACAGCACACUGAUGCAACAUGUUGGAAACUAUUUUACAUAGACGAACAGUCUAUAAAUCCUUUUUGUGGCAAAAUAUAUUUAUAUAUACAAAUAUGGUGAUCUGUCCAAGCUGCAGGUAUAUCCAAUGUGUGCUCAACCUUCCUAAAUAAAACUGUAUCACAGACUA